AUGAUCGCAUCCGAUGCCUACGAGUACAAUACUACCGAGGCACACAUGGCCGCCGUCACCGUACCUAUGCCCCUCGAUCGACCAAUAGUUUCACGAGACGAGAUCGAGUACAUGCGUUGCAAGCGCUACUGCGCCGAAAGAUACUCAGGCCGAAGCACUAAACGAGGAAUAUAUCUGGGUGUUGUGCGGUUGAGACCUCAAGAUGGCUCCCCUAAGGCAACCGCUGGAAAUCUGGCAAGACCGCAGGAAAACGUCUGA